AUGGCACCGAAUUCAGGAAUGAAUUCAUGUGAUGUAAAUAAAUUACCCUCCAAACAAAUAUACAACUACUUUGAAAGAGGGAACAACGAUGUCCAAGAGAAGUGUCCAGAUUACGCUACCUGGGUAGGGGCAAUAGAGGGAAUAUUGGAGGAUAAAAUAGGACAACCCCAGGAUUCCUUAAAAUAUUAUACUGCGGGAGGUCUUGCUAAGGACAUUGCCAAAGCUUGGUGUAAUGCAUCCAACAUGAUUGCAACAAUUAAGGGAGGAAGUGUUGAUCCACCGCGGCUGCCAUCUUCCCCCUGUAAGGUGGAGGUAUUGUGUGAUUUUUUUUAUUUUUGGUUAGGUGAUCUGCUGCAUGACAAAUUGAACGCGUGGUUUCCUACUUCACUUGGGCGUGCUGUUUCCCGAGCAAUUUCACCUAAGGAGGUUAUGAAACAAAUAUUCGAGACAUUGAAUGGGUCGUCCAACAACCUGUGUGCGGGGAGCUUUAUGAAUAGCAGUAUGGAAGCAGAUUUUAAUACCCAGCGGAGAAAAAUAUUCGAUUAUUACUACGAUCAUAGAACAAUAUGGAACAACAUAAAAAAUAACCAAUCUGCCGGGUCCGGAUGCGCUGUUGCAUAUACGCAAUAUCUGAAUGAUGCACAAAGUGCUUAUGGUCAAUUAGAUGCAACGAAUGAAGAUCCUAAUGACCAUUUCUGGACGAACUUAUGGAAGCCGAACUUUAAAGAUAAGAACGACAUUCCCCAACCACACGAUUUGAAGUCUAAAGGAACUCAAGGGGACUCGCCCCCUCUAUCGGGCGGGGAAGAGAGAGAAAUUGGGAACCUCCUAUCCUGCUUAGCACAGUUGUUCUCGGAAGCUGAUACAUUAAAAUCAAAAGGGCAGGGGACGAUGGAAGGUCAAUCACAGGAGGUGCAUGGACCUACGGAAGUGAGUAUUCCCACAUCACCUGCAACGAAUUCAACACUUCCUGCUACAGCGGUGUCUUCCGCAGUUGGACUAAUAGGACUUCCUACAGUAGCAUUUGCCUUAUAUAAGUAUACUGAUGUAUUUGAUGGAAUAAAAAAAUCCCUCUUUGGUGGCAGUAAUAAUACAAGAGGAAGGAGUAUGGAAAGAAGAUCUAUUGGUCGACGUCAGCACUUUGACGACACUUUCACUGAGAAUGAUUCUUCCACACUAGGAGACGACGGUUCCACCACCCUAGAUGGUGGUGGUGGUGGUGGUGACUCAUCCACCUUAGGUGGUAGCUCCACCGAUAUUUCUACCAUCUAUAAUGAACCACCUCGUCGACCAAUCGGAAGAGGGGAAAGGGCCGGAACAAAUAAUAGAAGACCAGGAAAUAUACGUUAUUAUGCCACGUAA